AUGCUCCUUCAAGAACUUUGGUUACACAACCUCAGCUGGGACGAACCAGUCCCACAAUCAAUCAUCAAUCGCUGGCUGAUCAUCAGGGAAGAAUUCACUCAACUUUAUGAGAUUUCACUUCCACGAUGGAUUCACACAACCAGACAUUCAACUGUCGAAAUUCAUGGAUUCUCUGAUGCUUCACAGCUUGCGAUGGCUGCAGCAAUCUACCUAAAAAUCAAUUCACCGUCCACAGGGCCCAAAAUCACACUCAUCUGUGCGGAAACUAAAGUAGCACCAAUCAAACAAAUCACGAUCCCCAGGCUAGAGUUAACUGCUGCGUUAAUUCUAGCAAAACUCACAAAGUAUGUUCGAGCUACACUCCACAGAGUGAACAUACAUUCAAUUCACUUAUGGACGGACUCUUCAAUCACUCAUUCAUGGAUCAAUUCAAAUGCAGGACGCUGGAAGGACUUUGUCAGGAACAGAGUAGGGCAAAUUCAAGAACUAGUUGCGGACGCGCACUGGCACCACAUUUCUGGCAAGGAAAAUCCAGCGGACUGUGCUUCAAGAGGCAUCACAGCCAAUCAAUUAAAAGAUUACUCACUAUGGUGGAGGGGACCCACCUGGUUAGCUGAAAAUCAAGAAAACUGGCCAGUAAAUUCACCACCAGCUGACGAGGCUUGUAACUUAGAAGCUCGUCCUGGAAUUUCACUCAUAGCAGCAAUUCAAAAUACAAUAAUUCAAUGGGACUUGGUUAACAGAUAUUCUACACUUAACAAGUUACUUAGAAUUACCGCCUUAAUCAUUAAAUUCACUUCAAGACUUCGACAUUCACCAGUUACCAGUCCUUUAGCAUCAAUCACAACAGCUGAUAUCGAAAAAGCGAGAAUCUUCUGGAUAAAACUCACAGCAUACGUUGACUCAGAAGGAGUUCUACGAGUAGGAGGACGACUUCAGCAUGCUCAGUUGAGUCAUGAUUCAAAACAUCAAUCAAUUCUACCUCGACAUUCACUAUUUACCACUCUUGUUAUUAGACAUUAUCAUUUAACCACACUACAUGGUGACACUCAACUUACACUCACAACAAUCAGACAACGUUACUGGAUCAUAGGUGGAAGAGCUCUAGUAAAAACAUUCAUACUUCGGUGCUUCGAAUGUGCUCGACAAAGAGGCAUAAGAGCACAACAACUCAUGGGCCAAUUGCCACAAUCACGUAUCACUCCUUCACGGCCAUUCUCUCAUACUGGCAUAGACUAUGCUGGGCCAUUCACAAUCAAAACAUCAUCAGGCAGAGGAGCCAAGACUAGAAAAGCUUGGGUCUGUGUAUUUGUCUGCAUGUCAACUUCUGCAGUUCAUUUGGAAGCAGUUAGUGACUAUUCAACUGAAGCAUUCAUUGCUGUCUACAGGAGAUUCACCUCUAGACGAGGAUUAUGCCAGACAAUCUUUUCUGACUGUGGCAGAAAUUUCAUAGGAGCUGAUAUAGAACUCAAGAAAUUAUUCACACAAUUCACCAGAGAACAUGAGGUCAUCUCUAGAUUCAUCAUCACCAACAGCACUCAAUGGUCAUUCAACCCACCUGCAGCACCACACAUGGGUGGCAAGUGGAAGUCAGUAGUGAAAUCACUUAAAUUUCAUUUGACGAGAACAGUAAAAGAAUCACUCUUCACGUUUGAAGAGAUCACCACACUACUGACACAAAUAGAAGCCAUUCUCAACUCAAGACCUCUAGAGCCAAUCAGUGAUGACCCAGAAGACAUUUAA